AAAGAACCCAGCAUGAGGACCUGCGGCGCAAGAAGCUAGAAUUUGUUUCGCCUUUUCUCUUCUUGUUGUUGGAUAGAGAAAGCAAGAAGAAUUUCUUACGAUGGCAUGCUCGUCCCUCGCCAGCGGACCGUCUCCAUUGGUUUACCGCCCGUGGAGCUUGAAUCCCACUAGUAAUGGUAAUCGACCGACCUUGUUAUCUCUCAAGAUACGACCUUUCGAUCCUUCAAGAUUGGGUAAAGCUGUCCAACAUGGGCUCGGUGUCGUAUCCCCCGACAACUUAGCCGUAGAAGUGGAAACCCCAGCAAUCGAAACCCAAGAAGAGAAAGAGGAGGUUGGCGGGCCCCUCGAUGGAGUUGAAGAGACCCAUUUGGGAGAUGAUAGCAAAGGCGUGUCAACUUCGUCGACCAGAGUGAAGAAGAAGAGAGAAGACGACGACAGCGUCGAGAAUAGGUUCAAACUGCGGAAUGGAAGAGAGGUCUUUGAAGAGAAGGCAUACCUUGUGGGUGUUGAGCGUAAAGGUGAUAGAGAAGAGUCUUUCGGAAUAGAUGAAUCGCUUAAAGAACUAGCUCAGCUAGCUGACACUGGAGGACUCAUGGUUGUAGGUUCUACAUAUCAAAAACUACCAUUCCCAAACCCAAGGACAUAUAUUGGAUCGGGCAAGGUUUCAGAAAUCAAAAGUGCAAUUCAUGCGCUGGAUGUGGAGACUGUAAUAUUUGAUGAUGAGCUUUCGCCAGGGCAAUUGCGCAAUCUGGAGAAGGCAUUUGGUGGAGAUGUCAGAGUUUGUGACCGCACUGCUCUUAUCCUCGAUAUAUUUAACCAGCGGGCAGCAACACAUGAAGCAGCCUUGCAGGUUGCAUUGGCGCAAAUGGAGUACCAAUUACCACGGUUGACGAGAAUGUGGACCCACCUUGAACGUCAAGCUGGAGGCCAAGUGAAGGGUAUGGGAGAGAAACAGAUUGAAGUGGAUAAGCGUAUAUUGCGGACUCAAAUUGGCAUCCUCAAGAAGGAGCUGGAAUCUGUUAGAAAACAUAGGAAGCAGUACCGUAAUCGGCGAACUUCUGUUCCUGUGCCUGUAGUGUCACUUGUUGGGUACACAAAUGCAGGAAAGAGUACAUUGCUGAAUCGGUUGACAGGGGCUAAUGUCCUUGCUGAAGAUCGCUUGUUUGCAACCCUAGACCCAACUACUAGAAGGGUCCAGAUAAAAAACAGGAAGGAGUUUCUCCUGACAGAUACUGUUGGUUUCAUCCAAAAAUUACCUACUAUGCUGGUUGCUGCUUUCAGAGCAACACUAGAGGAGAUAUCUGAAUCCUCGCUUUUGGUGCAUGUAGUGGACAUCAGCCAUCCUCUAUCUGAGCAACAGAUAGAAGCUGUGGAAAAUGUUUUAUCAGAGUUGGACGUGUCUUCUAUUCCAAAGUUGAUGGUCUGGAACAAGGUUGAUAAAGCUCAAGAUCCUCAAAAGAUCAAGCUUGAAGCAGAGACGAGGGAAGAUGUUGUCUGCAUAUCUGCAUUGACCGGCGAGGGCCUAGAAGAAUUCUGUGACGCAGUUCAGCACAAAGUGAAGGAUUCAAUGGUUUGGGUGGAAGCUUUGGUCCCAUUUGACAAAGGCGAACUCCUCAGUACCAUCCAUCAAGUAGGAAUGGUGGAGAAGACCGAAUAUAUGGAGAACGGGACAUUGGUGAAGGCACACGUUCCACUGCGCUUUGCGAGGAUUCUCACACCGAUGAGGCAGCUAUGCAUAUCCUAGCCUUGCCCCUAGUACAUUUUACAUCUCCCAUUCCUUUUCCCUCUGCCUGCAUUCUCUCCGCUGAUGAUAUGCAUCAUGAGAGAGAGAGAGAGAGAGAGAGAGGGGUACCAAUUUUCUUCUAGAGAAUGUUGUACGCAUUAGGUGGUAGAUAAGAGCAGGAGUCCCCCAGUGGACUUCGUCCAUAGCUGACCUGAUGUAAAUAGUUCAAUUCUUUUUUGUGCGUCUA